GAUUCUCACCAAACACAAACUUUUCUGAGAGAAGAGCGUUCAGAUUUGUGUGGUUCUCACUCGCUUUCUUCUUUUCUUCAAUCCUUUCCCCCUCUCUGUAACACCCCGCUUCUCUGAAUCCCUUUCUGUUAAUCAUCUGUCUUUCAAGUUAUGAUUUUUUGAGUUUGUCUCUAAUCUUACAAAGAAUCAAACUUCAAAGGUUUCUCGAAAGCCAGGUGUUUUCAGAAUCGAGAUCCAGGUUUUUUUUUUGUUUACUUUUAAAAACAUAAUUUUUGUUAUUAUUUUUUUAAUUUGCUCUAUUUCACCUUUCAUUCGGCCAAGAGGGUUGUUUUUGUUCCCUCAAAGCUUUGCUUUUUAAUUUUCCCAAUUUUCUGGGAUUAAAGGGGUUGUGUAUUUUAAACCUCUUAUACCCUUUCUUUCUUCUGUUAAAAAGACUUGAUUUUUCUUUGUUGGGUUUGCUGUUUUUCCAGUUUUUAAUUUUUAAUUUUUGUCAAGUUGCUAACUAUUUAUGGCAGCUGCAAUGGAUUUCUACAACAGUCCACAACUUCAGUCAGAUCCUUUCAGAGGUGAGCUUAUGGAAGUUCUAGAACCUUUUAUGAAGAGUCCUUCCACAACUCCCUCUUCAUCCUCAUUCCCUUCUUCAAAUUCUUCAUACCUACCUUCUACUUCUCCAUCUCCCUCUCUUUCUACUUCGUAUUCUUACCCUUCUUACCCUUCAUUCUUCAAUUCCUCACCUACACAGCCCAAUUUCUACGCAGACAGCUUUGAGCAACCGAGUUCUGUCCUUGGGCUCAACAACCUAAGCCCAUCUCAGAUUACCCAGAUCCAGGCCCAGAUGGAGGCCCAGAUCCAGCAAAAUAGCCCAACCAACCUCAGCUUCCUGAGCCCCAAACCUGUCCCCAUGAAGCAAGUGGGUGCACCUCCCAAGCCCACCAAGCUAUAUAGAGGGGUAAGGCAAAGGCAUUGGGGGAAAUGGGUUGCUGAGAUAAGACUCCCGAAAAACCGCACAAGGCUUUGGCUUGGAACCUUCGACACUGCUGAAGAAGCUGCUUUGGCUUAUGACAAAGCCGCGUACAGACUCAGAGGUGACUUUGCAAGGCUCAACUUUCCCAACCUCAGGCACCAAGGUUUUGGGGAGUUUAAGACUUUGCAAACCUCGGUUGAUGCUAAGCUUGAUGCUAUAUGCCAAAACUUAGCUGAAAUGCAGAAACAAGGGAAGCCAGAGAAGGGUGUGCGGUCAACCAAAAAGUCAACAAAGGUGAAUUCGAAAGAGGUUCAGUUGGAGAAGGUUGAACCUUCAGCUUCAGCUUCUUUGUCUCCUGUGAUGACUGAGAGUGAGGGUUCCGCUGGUUCUUCACCUCUUUCUGAUCUUACCUUUGACGUCACUGAGCCACAAUGGGAAGCUGCUUCUGAACCUUUUAACCUGCAGAAGUUCCCUUCUUAUGAGAUCGAUUGGGAUUCUCUGUGAAGACAAGUUUGGUAGAGUUUUAUGUUAUGUAUGUAAUUCGUGAUUAGUAGUGUCGUGAGUAAUAAUAAUUUAGUAUAGUGGUAGGUGCUAGUGUUUUUCUGUCUUGUGGCUGCUGCAAUUGAUUUUUUGAAAAUUGCAGUGCUACUUGUAGGAUUUGGAUAAUUGGGUUUAUGUUUAGGUUCUUUUUUUUAAUUAUUAUUAUUAUUAUUUGAAUUUGCAUGUUGACUAUUAUGUCAAUGUGUUGUAAAUCUCUUCACCUUUGGUCAGCUGGUUUUUUUUCUUGCUUGGCCAGGGAGAAUGACUCGGUUCAGGUAGUGUUUAUGUUUAGGUGUUCGUGGAAGUAUAUUAUUAUUGAUGUAAUUCAAUUCUAUUUGUCUCAAUUAUGAAUAUAUUUGUA